CACGAUUCCACAAGGCCACGACCUUCUCUUUUUCUCUUUCUCUUCCCGACCAAACGGCCCAAACCUAGAGCGGUGCGCGCCUCUGUCUUCCGUCAAUCUCAGGUCUCAACGGGGUGAACGCGAAGCAACGAGGUCCCCUUUGUGUAAAUCUCCAUCUUUUCCCCGUUAGGGUUCGCUAUACCGUCUUCUUAUCGUCAAUGGCAGAGGCCUGCGGUUUGGCUGCAGGGUGAAGGCUGCGACUGAGUAGCUGAAACGACAACAGGCAUCGCCGCUUGGUCUGAGGCUGAGCUGAAGAGGGAGGAAAACUUUUUCUUUUCCCCCCUUUUCCUUCGAUUUUAGUUCUUUGUUGUGGUUGGCGAUCAAGACUAGAGAGGAGGUGAUCGGCUGAAGAAAUGAGCGCGUCGAGGUUUAUCAAGUGUGUCACUGUCGGUGACGGCGCCGUAGGAAAGACCUGCAUGCUUAUAUCCUACACCAGCAACACUUUUCCAACUGACUAUGUUCCCACGGUGUUUGACAAUUUCAGUGCUAAUGUAGUGGUAGAUGGAAACACAGUUAACUUAGGGUUGUGGGAUACUGCAGGCCAGGAGGACUACAACAGAUUGAGACCUUUGAGCUACCGUGGUGCAGAUGUUUUUCUGCUUGCCUUUUCGCUCAUUAGUAAAGCAAGUUAUGAAAAUGUUGCUAAGAAGUGGAUUCCUGAAUUGCGGCACUAUGCGCCUGGUGUGCCCAUAAUUCUUGUCGGAACAAAACUGGAUCUUCGAGAUGAUACACAAUUUUUCAUCGAACAUCCCGGUGCCUCUUCCAUUACUACUGCUCAGGGGGAAGAACUGCGAAAGCAAAUAGGAGUUGCUGCAUAUAUCGAGUGCAGCUCAAAGACCCAACAAAACGUCAAGGCAGUGUUUGAUCAAGCCAUCAAGGUUGUACUUCAACCGCCCAAGAAAAACAAGAAGAAGAAAAAGCAACAGAGAAAUUGCUCGAUUUUGUGAUGAUCGAGAGAGCACACUCGCAGAAAAUCUCAAGCUCGCUCAGGGUUCUUCCGUUGCAACUCCUCUCUCGUAUUCCAGAACUGCAGGAUUGAUGUUGUAAGGUGGCUGCUAUGCUUCAAAUGAUGUUCUUGGAUUAUUGUAUUUUGGUUGGAUUGUUCGUGUAAAUCUAUCACAAAUGGAGUGGUUGACCUUGAGUAAAUCUAUCGAUUAUGACGA